CAGAAACCUCUCUAGCACCAACCUCAGUUUGGACAACUGCACCCGCGUGCCAUAUUACAUCCACUCCACAGGGAUAACCGUGAGCUACAUCCUCUCCUACCUGAUGGUGCUGCUUCUGUGUAUUGUUGGAAACGGGCUCGUCUGCCUGGUUGUCCUCAGGAAUCGCAAAAUGCGAACUGUCACAAACCUCUUCAUCCUAAACUUGGCCAUCAGUGACUUACUGGUGGGUGUGUUCUGUGUGCCCACCACACUGAUUGACAGCCUCAUAUCGGGUUGGCCUUUUAACCAGCUCACAUGCAAGAUGAGUAACUUGGUCCAGGGUAUGUCAGUGUCUGCCUCUGUCUUCACUUUGGUUGCCAUAGCAGUAGACAGGUUUACAGGCAUCGUUUACCCUUUCCACCAUCGUCUGAGGCCAGUCUCUGCAUUCUUCGCCAUCAUCUUCAUCUGGCUCCUUGCUUUUGCCAUCAUCUUUCCAUCAGCAGUAAGGUCGACGGUCAAACCUCUUGAUGGCAUCUGCAUGCUCCAAGAUAACCAAAUCUACCCAGUAUUUGUGUGUUUUGAAGACUGGCCCAAAGAAGAGAUGAGACGAGUCUACACCACUGUCAUCUUCAUCUAUGUGUACCUGGCCCCGCUAGGUCUUCUAAGUAUCAUGUAUGGCUGCAUAGCGACCAAGCUCUCCAAGAACCUGCGUAAGAAUCGGAGUCGUUCCAAGAAAAGAAUUAAGGUCAUAAAGAUGCUCAUCAUAGUCACCGUACUCUUCAUGGUGUCAUGGUUGCCUCUCUGGACUUUAAUGCUUCUUACAGAUUAUCAGGACUUGGACCGGCCACAGAUUGACUUCCUGAGCAGCUAUCUGUUCCCAGUAGCACACUGGUUGGCAUUUUUUAACAGUGGCAUUAAUCCGAUCAUAUAUGGCUUCUUCAAUGUAAACUUCCGCAGGGGUUUUCAGUCUGCGGUGGCCUGCGCCUCCUGCAACUCUUUAGUUUCAGAAAUGCGCCGGGCGUACUUUGCGUUCAUUCGCCCCAAUAAGGUAUCGGCUGGGAACACGGAAGCCCCUAACAGGCAGAAGGGGCACUUUAUAACGGUAAUGCCCAGAACGAUGGGUCAAGGGAUUCAAGAUAUUGUUCUGCAGGACAUAAAUUAAA